UUCUGUGUUUGUGUCUGUUUCUGUUGGGAACAACAACACAACAAUCUCUCUCUCUCUCUCUCUCUCUAAUCUAAUCUCUCAGCAAAAACAAAAAAAAAAUUCAGAAGAAAAAGAAAGAGAUUCCAUCGUCUCCUUUCUCUUUCCAAUCCAACAACAACAACAACCCGCAUUUCGAUUUUCCAUGCAAGGCACCGGUGGUGCUGAUCCGUGUGGGAUAUGAUUCUGUAACUCUGGAAUCCAUCAGAGGAUGACUAACCGAAUCACCGAUGCGCCUCAGGGAGAAGGCGAUGCUCCUCCUCCUCCUCCUCCUCCCCCAUCUGGUGGCCCUGGUCCACCUGAAUCUCAGCCUUCUCGUGGUGGCAACACGAUUUUCAAGAGUGGGCCGCUGUUUAUAUCAUCCAAAGGAAUUGGAUGGACGUCCUGGAAGAAAAGAUGGUUUAUCUUAACCCGCACUUCACUCGUUUUCUUCAGAAGUGAUCCAAGUGCUGCUCUAAAGGGAAGUGAAGUGAAUUUGACCCUGGGUGGUAUUGACCUCAACAAUUCAGGCAGUGUGGUUGUCAAAGCAGACAAGAAACUCUUGACCGUGCUCUUUCCAGAUGGCCGUGAUGGACGAGCCUUCACACUUAAGGCUGAAACUUUGGAGGAUCUACAUGAGUGGAAGACUGCACUUGAAAAUGCGUUGUCACAAUCCCCAAGUGGUGGCGCUCAUGCUAUGGGGCAAAAUGGAAUCUUAGGGAAUGAUAAGACCGAGGCAGUUGAUGGUUCUGCGGAUCAGUCGAAGGAUAAGAAGCCAGUGAAAUCUACAGUCAUUGGAGUGCCUGUUCUGCUGGCCUUGGAAGAAGUUGAUGGAGCUCCGUCUUUCUUGGAAAAAGCCCUUAGGUUUGUAGAAGAAUAUGGAGUCAAAGUAGAAGGGAUCUUACGACAAGCUGCAGAUGUUGAAGAUGUGGAGAGUCGAAUAAGAGAGUAUGAACAGGGGAAAACAGAGUUUUCUUCUGAGGAGGAUGCGCAUGUUAUUGCUGAUUGUGUCAAGUAUGUCCUCCGGGCGUUGCCAUCUUCCCCGGUCCCUGCAUCUUGUUGUAACGCACUACUAGAUGCCUUUCGUAAAUCUGGUAAUGAUCGUGGUGGUAGAGUCAAUGCUAUGCGCACAACAAUAUGUGAUACGUUCCCGGAGCCAAAUCGCCAUUUAUUGCAAAGAAUUCUUUUGAUGAUGCAAAGUGUGGCUGCCCAGAAAGCUGUGAACCGGAUGAGCUGCUCAGCUGUUGCAGCUUGUAUGGCUCCCUUACUUCUUCGUCCACUCUUAGCUGGGGAUUGUGAAGUUGACAAUGAUAUUGAUGUGGGGGGUGAUGGUUCUGUUCAACUAUUGCAAGCAGCUGCUGCCGCUAAUCAUGCUCAAGCAAUUGUUAUAACUUUGUUGGAGGAGUAUGAUCACAUAUUUGGGGAAGGUGGUCCCCUGUCCCAGGAACUAUACAGUGACACAGAAGAGAGUGAAAGUGAGACCGAGGGGGCAACCGAUGAUGACGAUUACUAUGAAGAUGAUGAAACUGAUGCAGAAACAGAGGAUGAAGAUGUUGAAAUUGUUUCUGAUGGAGAUAGAACGUGCAGUGAGAGUGGUCAAUCUGAAGACAAGGAUCGGCAUGAUGAUAAGGAUGAUGAUGGUUUAAGACUAGGUGUGAAGACUCCUCAUGGAGGCAAUGAUGGCAAAGCUCACGAGAAAUUGUCAUCAAGCUCAAUUAAAGUUUUGCAGCCUCAACAUGCUGUAGAGAGCAGUAAGAAUGAACUAAGCUUAAGUAAAACCAAUGCGCUAGAGCAGGCUAAUGAGUCAUCUGUAGUAGAAGAGGUUUCUAGAGAAAUAAGUUCACCGAACCAGCCACCCGUUCCAUCCCCAUCCAUCCAAAAAUCUUCAACUAUAUCCAAUGGACCUGAGCAUGGCAGGAAUCGUACUGAUUGGGGACGUACCGCUGCAAAGAAGAACCUUUCCAUGGAGUCCAUUGACUACAGCCUUGAGGAAGAGGCUGAAAUCCAGAACCUCGAGAUGACUAAAUCUGAGUUAGAAAACAGAAUUGCCGAAGAGGCUGAAGCGAAUGCUGCUCUACAAGCAAGUCUGGAGAGACAGAAGAUGGCCUUGCAUGAGCGUCGCCUAGCUCUUGAGCAAGAUGUGGCAAGACUACAGGAACAGUUACUGAAGGAGAAGGAUUUAACAGCAGCUCUUGAAGCAGGACUAAAAGGAAAGGGGGGACGUGUGCCCAAUUUAGCCACAGUUGAUGAAAAAACAAGGGCAGAUCUUACUGAAAUAGCUCAGGCAGAGGAGAAUGUUGCCAACUUGAACAAGAAGGUUGAUGAUCUUGGCGUGCAGCUUAAUCAACAGUGUGAUCGAAACCAUGGCUCUAUGGCUGAUCCUUCCAUUUCAUUCAGAAAUAGUCGCGAUCAUCUAGCAAAACUGCACACGACAGGUAGACAGGACAGUGAAACCAUAGUCCCUUCACAUUCAGAAUCGUCAAGAAGCAAGGAUACUCAUCAAGAUGGAACAGAAAAUGUGAAUGAAAAGAAGAUAGAUGCAGCAAACAAAAGCAACUCCCGGUCCGUUGGGCUGCCAGCUGAUUCAUCUGCAGUAGAGCCAGUGGUAGCGAAGCCUACUGCUUCAACGAACUCCAAGAAAGGUGGUGGGGGUGAGGGAGGUAGUUCCACAACUUCAGCAAUAACGAAGUUGACAUCGCGACUGAAUUUUUUGAAGGAGCGGCGGAGCCAAAUAGCAAAUGAGCUUCAAGGCCGUGGCCCUGCUCAAAAUUUGGAUAAAAGCCAGUCGCUCCAAUACACAUCAGAGAAACCGGAGAAACUUAGGAAAGCGGAGAGUCAUUCAGAGAGAGGAGGAAAGAGAUCUGAAAGCCAACAGCAGCAGCAUAGCCUGGACAGAGGAAAAUCGGAGAGCCAUUUGUCUGUUACCGUGGAGAAAGGUCGAGUUGUAGAGAGUAGUAAACAGAAAACUUCUCCGAGGACGGACGCCAGAUGAUAACAAAUGUUUUACAUGUUGCGUUAAGGCUGAGAGGGAUGUGUGUACAGAUGAAGCAUUUCCUUGUAGUAAAACUGAUUUAUCCGCAACCCCAAACUGUUCAUUUAUGCUGUCGGGCUCUCACACAGCACAAAUUGCUCAGUUAUUUGCGUGCGUUGUACUUGUAUGGAUGAAUAAAAAAAAAAUAUCGUAUCCAGUGUACAAGGCUCCCGUUUUACGCAUGGUCGUACUUGUAUGGAUGAAUGAAUAUGUAAUUUUCUGCAAAACAAUUUUAGUUUUUGGGUCUCAUUGUUGAACU